CCCAGCUCCUGGGCAGUGGGGGAAGCCCCCCGGGGGCGGGUGACCUCAGCUGGCUACGACCCAGUCCUCCCCCGUGCGGAUCUCACUUAAGAUGGCAGCGGAGUCAGGGGAACUAAUCGGGGCUUGCGAGUUCAUGAAAGAUCGAUUAUAUUUUGCUACUUUAAGGAAUAGACCAAAAAGCACAGUAAAUACCCACUAUUUCUCCAUCGAUGAGGAGCUGGUCUAUGAAAAUUUCUAUGCAGAUUUUGGACCUCUGAACUUGGCAAUGCUCUACAGAUACUGCUGUAAACUAAACAAGAAACUAAAAUCAUACAGUUUAUCAAGAAAGAAAAUAAUCCACUACACCUGUUUUGACCAGCGGAAAAGAGCAAACGCAGCAUUCUUGAUUGGUGCUUAUGCCGUCAUCUACUUAAAGAAGACACCAGAAGAAGCCUACAGAGCACUCCUCUCUGGCUCAAAUCCCCCUUAUCUUCCAUUCAGGGAUGCAUCCUUUGGAAAUUGCACUUACAACCUCACCAUCCUUGACUGUUUACAAGGAAUCAGAAAGGGACUACAGCAUGGAUUUUUUGACUUUGAGACAUUUGAUGUGGAAGAAUAUGAACAUUAUGAGCGAGUUGAAAAUGGGGAUUUCAACUGGAUCGUUCCAGGAAAAUUUUUAGCCUUUAGUGGACCGCAUCCUAAAAGCAAAAUUGAAAAUGGUUACCCUCUCCACGCGCCCGAAGCCUACUUUCCGUAUUUCAAAAAGAACAACGUGACUGCGGUCGUGAGACUGAACAAGAAGAUUUACGAGGCGAAACGCUUUACCGACGCCGGCUUCGAGCACUACGACCUGUUUUUCAUAGAUGGCAGCACCCCCAGCGACAACAUCGUGCGGAGGUUCCUCAACAUCUGUGAGAACACGGAGGGGGCCAUCGCGGUCCACUGCAAAGCUGGUCUGGGAAGAACUGGGACAUUGAUAGCCUGUUAUGUCAUGAAACACUACAGGUUUACACAUGCUGAAAUCAUUGCUUGGAUCAGAAUUUGCCGACCAGGCUCCAUCAUCGGACCCCAGCAGCACUUUCUGGAAGAAAAACAAGCCUCAUUAUGGGUCCAGGGAGACAUCUUUCGAUCCAAACUGAAAAACAGACCUACCAAUGAAGGAAGUAUGAAUAAAAUUAUCUCUAGCUUGGAUGGCAUGUCUAUUGGUGGAAACUUAUCUAAAUUACAAAACACGGAAAGGUUUGAAGAGAGUAAUUUAGAAGAUGAAGAUGUGGAAAUGAAAACCAACAUAUCUCAGGGAGACAAACUACGCGCCUUAAAAAGCCAGCGGCAGCCCCGCUCCUCACCGUCCUGUGCAUUUAGGUCAGAUGAUAUGAAAGGACCCCAAAGGGAAGUGGCCCAGACUUUCAGAUUAAGUUCUUCUCCACAACCAUCUGUGUCUACUGUGAAGACCACCAAAGUGUGUUUCCCCCCCUCAGCAACAGCCAAAAGGAUAAACAGAGGUUCUUUGUCUUCAGGAGCAAACACGAGAAGCUUCUCCAUAAACACCCGGCUAGCCAGUUCUCUAGGGAACCUGAACGCUGUGACCGAAGACCUUGAGAACAAAAAGACAGCCUCACCCACCAAGGCCGCUUUCAUAGCAAGCCCAUUCACCAGCUUCCCCAAUGGUAGCCCCCAGCCACCUGGCAGAAAUUACCCUGAGCUCAACAAUAACCAGUACACCAGAAGCAACAAUGGCAACAUCAGCAGCAGUGGCCUUGGGGGCAACCUGAACAGCUCCCCAGGCCCCCUGAGCCCUAAGCCUGAAGAACACACCACCGUCCUUAGACCUCCCUUCUCGGGGGGGCUCUCUUCCUCCUCAUCGAGAUUCCUGAGCCGUUCUAUACCUUCCCUUCAGUCUGAAUAUGUCCAUUACUAAGGCCCUGCCACUCCGGUGAAGGCGGCUCCAUUCUUAGACAUCUGGAUGUGCAAUGUGCAGUGUGGAGGAAGCUGCCUGUCCAGAGGAUGUCUUAAUUAGAGAGAGUGCUAACGUAGCACCAUCGAGAGACUUGAGCACUGGCUAAUGACUACUAUAAAUGCACUGUAACGAUGUUUAUGGAUAUGUCCAUACUUGUAAAGACAGUUCUAGUGUUAAAUUUGGUAUUUGAAAAGGUUAUUUUUAAUGUAUUUCAGUAAUGCAUUUGUUACUGCAUUUCCAUGUACAGUGUUACAUUAUAUAUGUAUCGUGAACUUUAUAAAAUACUAUUUUGAUAAUUUUAUAAAUAUAUAAAAUUAUGUAAAAGCUAGACUAUAUUUUGGUUUAGAUUUUCCUGCUGUUUGCUACCAAAAGAUUUGUAUUUUAAAUUUGUUUAGCUUUAGUAUGGCUUUGUCUACAGUGAGUAAAUAAUUCUUCUUUAUGUAGUGACAGUGAAGGGAGCACAUUUUUAGGAAGUGAUUUUGAUGUUCCACUAUGAAUUCAGUAGAUCAGGGCAUUCUCUGCUGAAAUCGGUCUGAAUAAGAGUCUAUCCAAAUUUAUCUCUAUCAAGAGUGGGGUUGUUUGAUAGGGUUUUAUUUAGGCAAACACUUUUUCCCUUCAGUUUUGUUCUUGAGUCUUUUAAGUAGGAGGCUAAAAACAAAACAAAAGACCCUAGCAUUUCUUUAAGAUCAGAAUUCACUGGGCGUUUCUUCUAAAAGCAUGAUAUUUUUUUCUCUCUAUGAAAUGACAGAACAUUCCAAAUGCUUUUAUUUCUCUUCUCCUCUCAUGAGUGCUUUAAAAAAAAAUGCCUUACGUGUUUUAUUUUGCUUAUACCUUUUUGUAAAUAUGCAAAAGAAGGAUACAGAUUUUGAGACCCAUGUCUACAGUUCAAAAGAACACACUCAGUAAAUGUACGCUGGUAGAGAUCAAAAAGCACUUCAAAAGAGUUAAUAACUCAGAAUAUUUUGUUCUUGGUACGAGGUGGUCACUCUGCGCUGUAAGCAAGCAUGGUCUGAUGUCGGUUUUAAAGUGAUGAAGGAAUAAACCGAAAAAACGCUGCUCAGUAGAUAGAUCUGUAUACUAAAGGAGACAUUUUAGUGGAAGCACAUCCUCCUGAAUGUGCGCCUGGGUCUGUCUGGAACCGGAUGAGAAACCGGAAGGACCCCUGGGGGAAUGCUCAGCCCUUCCGUGUGAGUACGGUUCCAUGCUUAAGUUUCCGGAAGCCUGUUGGCUUCUUGUCUUUUUGGGAUAGAGAUUCUUAGACACUGAUUCUCUUCCAGGCUGCUUGAGAAUGGGCAAGGACUGGUUAGAUGGAUUCAGACAAAGUGCUUCAUUCAACUGUUGAGUUAUUUAUAAUGUAUUUAUCAGGAGAGGGCAUACUCAGACUGUUCUACAUGCUUCAGUAAGACACCCUGCUCCUGUUUUACGCUUUUCAAAUGACAUUGGAAUGAAUGUUUGACUCAGGUUUGUUAACACAGUUUCCCAGAGCUGCAAUACCAAAAUAUUGCACUCACCUGAUGGAAAGCUGAAUUAUAUGUUUUAAGAAUCAAAAGCAUAAAAAAGACUUGUUGUGUAUCUUUUCCAAAGUUGAAGAAGUGAAGUAUUUUAUUAUGAGUUAUUAUUUUAAAAUGUUGGUUCAUAGUAUAGGGAGAGAAUACUGUUUCUUUCAGAUUAUCAUAAAGGAGUGAUAGAGGUGACAUUUGAGAUGUGGCGAAGAGAACCGUAUUAUCAUUUUUAGUUGUUCUAUGAACACUAACGAGUGCAGCUACUAAAGUGACUGUAAAGUUGACUACUGUAAAGUUUCCAUGAUUACAUGUGUAUAUACGUCAUAUGUGUCUACAUGUGUAUGUCUUAAGCUUAUUUAUACACAUGUGCAUACAUAAGGCACACCAAGAAGGGGAUGUAUAUAUUAUAGAGACUAUAUAGCAGAGAGAUUCUCCACUUAUAAUAAAAAUUGUUUGCCAUGUAUUUUGUUAUGAAUAGUUUAUCUUCCAGAAGAUAUUUUGUUCUAUUUUGAAGUGUAGAAAAAUACACUGCUAAUAAAUAAAAGUUUUAUGCAAUUUA